AUGAGUGGGGGUCAGGUGGACCUACAAGUCUACCAUCUGCUCCAGAUGAGUGGGGGUCAGGUGGACCUACAAGUCUACCAUCUGCUCCAGAUGAGUGGGGGUCAGGUGGACCUACAAGUCUACCAUCUGCUCCAGAUGAGUGGGGGUCAGGUGGACCUACAAGUCUACCAUCUGCUCCAGAUGAGUGGGGGUCAGGUGGACCUACAAGUCUACUAUCUGCUCCAGAUGAGUGGGGGUCAGGUGGACCUACAAGUCUACCAUCUACUCCAGAUGAGUGGGGGUCAGGUGGACCUACAAGUCUACCAUCUGCUCCAGAUGAGUGGGGGUCAGAUGGACCUACAAGUCUACCAUCUACUCCAGAUGAGUGGGGGUCAGGUGGACCUACAAGUCUACCAUCUGCUCCAGAUGAGUGGGGGUCAGAUGGACCUACAAGUCUACCAUCUGCUCCAGAUGAGUGGGGGUCAGGUGGACCUACAAGUCUACCAUCUGCUCCAGAUGAGUGAGGGUCAGGUGGACCUACAAGUCUACCAUCUGCUCCAGAUGAGUGGGGGUCAGGUGGACCUACAAGUCUACUAUCUGCUCCAGAUGAGUGGGGGUCAGGUGGACCUACAAGUCUACCAUCUGCUCCAGAUGAGUGGGGGUCAGGUGGACCUACAAGUCUACCAUCUGCUCCAGAUGAGUGGGGGUCAGAUGGACCUACAAGUCUACCAUCUGCUCCAGAUGAGUGGGGGUCAGAUGGACCUACAAGUCUACCAUCUGCUCCAGAUGAGUGGGGGUCAGAUGGACCUACAAGUCUACCAUCUACUCCAGAUGAGUGGGGGUCAGGUGGACAUUUGUGAAUGA